UUUUGCAGUUAUCAACUGUCCCGAAUCAAGUAGCGUGAUCACAGCUGCUCCACAACGACAGAUAUGUUUUCGUCACGAAAGCAGGUCCACCCUUACUGUACCUACACUACUUACUGCCAGGCGAUACGUUCAAAGGCCAGCAUAGAGUGGGCAUUAUUCGGGCACAAAAAGGAUUUUCCCGGCUACUGGGAUCUGACUGCUGCUGAUCCGGUUGCUUUGGUGCAACUUUUCAAAUGAGUGGCAACGUGCUUCAUCGGUUCCGCUCGGUUGAACAGAUUUGAUUGCACGACAAGGCGGACGGACGGACGGACGGACGACGGCCGGACCAUCCUACCUGAGCGCCAUUAUUUUCCGGUUGGCUGUUUGAUGCGCCCCAACCCAACCCCAGCCGGUGUCAUUUAAGGUUAAAACUUUUCAUUACGCACGUCCCUUCCUGCGAAGGAGGCGUAAAUGACUUCGCCGGGUCAGGAGGUGCGGCGACGGCGACGACGUUUUGAUAAUGGGUGUAAAUCUUAAAUCAAGGCAGGCCAUCCUAUCCCUCCCAUCCUUCCCAUCAGCAUCGCGCGUUAAUAUAAUUCGUUUGUUAGAAAUACUUCAAUCGGUUGUAAUUGUCAGCAAUCAAGGAUGCUUCAGUGGCAGUGGUUGGUGGUUGGGGGUUGGGUGCGAGCACACAACUCCCUUCGGAAUUAUUUUACGAAUCGAUGAUUUGUGUAGGUUUCCACCGAAUGGUGGGCCCCAGCGCUGAUCUUAUUUUGGAAAGGGUAAGGGAGUGUAUAAAAAGGACAUCCGCCGUUCAACAGGUGCGUCAGUUUGCGUUUGACCGUGGCCGCGUCGACAUGCACCCGACCAGGACGACCACGACGACCACGACGAUGUCGCGUUCGGCUUUUUGAGUGUGUCCGCGCGGUGUGUGACAAGGGUGAAAGCGACAAACAAACACGCGGAUAAAAAAGCAACUUCAGUGCACAGAGAGGACACAGAGCUAUUUUUGGAGCAAAAGGAUAAAAAAGUGCAAAAGAAACCGGUGCGGACAGACGCAGUGUGUAGUGUGUGAAGUGUGCCCAGGCCGCGGACAGGAAGGAUGGCCAUAUUUUGUCUAGUUCUAGCAACGGCUGCAUUUGUGCUGGUCGGUGGCCCUCAGGCAUGCCGCUGUGAUCGCCCCCCGACCGACGAGACCGGGUUCGAUGGUGCGAAUAUUUGGAAAAGUAUCCGCGACCGGCUCCUGGCUGGCGCAGGGGAUCCUGCCGGCAGCAAUUUGAUUUCAGUUGCAAAGAUGCCCCACGAAAUUGGUCCCACGUUCGCGUGGAACCUGCGGCCAGCUGGAUCCAGCCCGACCGAACCAAUGCUUCUGCAAUCGCUGAUCAAUCGCUACCGGAAGUACAUGGUGGAACGAUUCGUUCGAUUCGAUGACGCCUGUUCGCUGCUGUUUGGUGGCGAGACGACGCUCAACGUCGAAGAUGAAUCGACGGACGGCGACGGCGACAACGAGGACGACAACGGUGAAGCGUUGCCGAACCGGAGAACGACCGACGUUGGGCCAGCAUCGAUGGAGGGAAGCGGCAUUGCCGUCGGUGCGGGGCGCGGUGGCGCGUCAAAUCCAAUGCUUGAAACGAUGCCGCUGACUCGACCAACCCGCUACGAGAUGUGCUCCCGAAACGCGAAACAGUACUACCGCUGUCUGGUGGAGCAUUUUAACGAUCAGCAGCUGCUGGGCAUGCUGCAGGAUUAUCUCGAAACGUACUGCGACGGUGUCCGGCGUGGCAGUUCGGUGGGGCCACAGAAGCGGGAUACGCCACGGUACGUGUCGAAGCAAAAGUUCCACUCGUGGGGUGGCAAACGGAACACGGCUCAGGUGUUUUACCCCUGGGGCGGCAAACGCAACAUGCCCCGGACGCACAAGCAGCCGAAGGUGGUCAUAAGAAAUCCGUUCCAUUCGUGGGGUGGCAAACGAAGCGAUCCACCAGCCGCCUGAUGGACCGGUGAGCAGCCCCUGCCCGAUCUCCUCGCAUCUCAGGUAGCAGCAGCAGCAGCGGCAGCGGCAGCAGGAAGGUGGUUCGAUCAUCGGCAGUAAGAUGAUGGGAACCCGGCCAACGCCGCUGGCCCGCCUGCCCGUCCGUCACCGGCGUCACCGAUCACCAGCCGAGUUCGAAGCUUUCCCCUCUGGUCCGUGCAUGAUUGCAGUUUGUGUGUAUGUGUGUUUGAUACUACCAAGAUAUUGUUGUUAUCAUCGUCCAGUCCAGUUGCUAAGCCGAUCAUUAUUGCUCCCGUAAUCAGUUCGCCGCCACUCGCCACAAUUCUCACAACAGAGCAGCAAGGAUAUUUCAAUAAACAAUGCGUUUGCGAACCGAACAGAAGAUGGCAUGUA